AUGUCCAAAACGCUGCUCAAAGCCGGAGCUUCCGUUUGCAACACAACCCAGCCGACCUCAUCCAUACAUUGGGUCUCUGAUAGGACCGUGUUUUGUUUGAAGCUCGGCGACAGAUUCUUCCCGAUCGUAACCACAGCUCCGCCCGACGCACCAUCCGACACCAGCCGAAAGGCCGGAAAAUUGAAGGUGCAAAAAUGCUGGAAACGGUCGCAGGCUGUCCCACUUGAUUUGUCUGUUGGCCCUCGGAGGCUUCUUUUCAAUGAAACUAUGGUGGACCAUAAUGACUCUGAUCUUCAACAAAGGGGACCGUUGGGCACAAUGCAUCAAACAAAAAUUCAGUUGGCAACCGACUACCUCCAAUCUGGAUUGCUUGCCUUCAACAAAUCGAAACCAAAUAGCAUUCGAUGGGCUGUGGGACAACAUGAGCGGGUGAUGCUGUCACUGAAUAGCUUAGGACCUGCAACAGAAGGUCCGUGGUUUGAACCCAGCCUCAGCGACUCAACCGCUCCUGUCGAGGAUUGGACAACAUGGUGGUAUGUCAGCCCUCGUGCUUCCCUUGGGUGGUUUGGCAACUGGGCACUGAAAGGCCAAGGUUGUAAACAAAAGAAUAAACGGGGAGGGAGAGGGGACGUAGUGCAAGCUCACCACAAUCAUUCCAAGGUACCUACACCUCCAAACAUUCACUCAGGUUGGGGGUUGGAACAUGUGGCGACUUGUUCCGUAGAAAUGGUAAUGCAUUUGCAUUUCCCGCCAAACACCGCUGCCUUGCGGUUGGGCUUUUGA